AUGGUGAACUCUGAAGAUGACACAACCACAAAGAAACAUGAGGAGGGUAAAACUACAUUCACACUAAAGAUGGCAAAGUACUUAUCAACUUCUGGAAUUGGAGAUUAUUUGGAUGGAAUUAAUGUGCUAUUGAGCUUCCUUUUAACGGUUUUACAUCUAAUUGAUUGUUCUUUUUGGGAUUAAGGAGGAAACUAAGAUGUUGGCGAGGGAUAAGCAAUAAUUACAAUUCCAGAAUUGAUAUGUUAUAUCUAUUUCCUUCUUGAUUUCGUAAUCAAUUUCUACCUGUCAGAAAAUAAGUUGUUCUUUACAUUUUAAACGACAUCAUUAGUGGAAUACGUUUCAAUAUUUCCAUCAUUGCUUGCUAGAUUAAAUAUAAUCACUGGAUACAAGUAUAUCUACAUGUUGAGAGUGCUACGAUUCUUAUUGUGUUACAAAUUGGAUAAGGUACUACAGAGACUGUCAAUGGAAGGUAUUUAAUUGGUUCAAUUUAGAGUGUUUAGGUUGGCAUACAAACCGAUUGUAACUGUCAUGUCAAUAAUAAUGAUAAACUCUUCAGUACUUUACGUAGUUGAACAAGAUUACUCAAUAGUUGAAUACAUUUAUUUUAUGGUUGUGACUAUUUCAACCGUUGGAUUUGGUGAUGUCUACCCGACAACAAUCUAUGGAAGAUUUUCAAUUAUUGUUGCAAUUUUGAUAAUGUUUUUGGUCUUGCCAACUCAAGUUGAAAUGUUGACCAGAGUCUACAGUUUACGAAGUUAAUACGCAAGGAACAAGUACAUUUCAAAGAAAGAAUCAGAACACCUCCUUUUGCUUGGGUCAUCCUAAGUUGAAGGAUUUAAAACAUUUUUAAAUGAGCUUUAUCAUACUGAUCACGGAAUGAAUGAUAUCAAUACUGUCAUACUCUAACCCUCAGCACCGACUGAAGAAAUGACUCUCCAAUUGAAAUAGCCAGCUCUCUAAUCAAAAGUAAUAUAUUUAGAGGGACACCCAUUAUAAAAUAAAGAUCUAGAAAGAUGUAGUUCAAAAGACUGUAAUUAACACCUAAGAGAGAUGAUUACCGUAAAUAUCAUUCAUGCAUUUGCUGUGAAAUAAUUUGCUAAGAAACAGAAAUCCAGAAAAGGGGCUCGAGUGUGUUUGCAAGUACUGCAACCUUCUAGCAAAGAUCUAUAUUUUAAUUCGCUUGGGGGUCAUGAAACUGAUUAAGUUAUUUGUGUUGAUGAACUUAAACUGUAUCUAUUAGGAAAAACUUGCUUAUGUCCUGGAAUAAAUACACUAAUUUCAUUUCUAAUUUAAUCAUCCAAACCAUCCUAUGAUAUUACAAAGUAUGACAAAGAUAAGAGUGAAUGGAUAGAUGACUAUUUAUGUGGAAUAGUCUCUGGCAUUUGUUGGCCUGACAUUUAGUUAAGUAAUUUAGGGUUUUUAACAACAUAGAUUUCUUCAGCCAUUUAUAAAGAGUUGAACAUUAUUCUAUUCGCUCUUGAGGUAGAACUAGAAUCAGGCACCAGUGUGUUUGUAAACCCAGUUGAAUACCUAUUCGAGGAUUACUUGCAUUACGGUUAUGUGAUAGCUAGUGAAAUGCCCAACAUUGAUGAGAUUCAAUAGAUCAAAUUCCCUGAAUACAUUCAAAGGAAUUACUGCUUUCCCAAUCAGCAGAGGUAAUAAACCAACAAGAAUGCACUCCAAUAAGAAGCUGAAUACUUGAAGGAAAUACUGAGUGAGGGUCUCAAAGAUGAUUCUUCUAAACACCCUGCCUAUUAUUAAGUCAAGCCUUAAACUAUAACUACUGGACUCCCUAAAGUAGGAGACCAAGAGAAAUUCGAAAAUCACUUCAUUGUGUGUGGAGUGGUCACCGAUAUGAAAUACCUUAUGAUGCCACUCAGAGCCAGAUCUUUAAAAAAUAUUUAACCGAUUGUAAUACUGAAUUAGGAUCUGAUACCAACUGAAAUACAACUUUAAAUUAACAAAUUCCCAAAAGUGUAUUUCCAAUAGGGAUCUCCACUUAAUACUGAAGAUUUGAAAAAGGCCUGCAUUCAAAAGGCUUCGGCUUUAGUUAUCCUACAAAAGUCAGCUGAUUAGGAAGAUGGAUUAUCGAAUAUCGUUGAUGCUGAUACAAUCUUUAUAUAUAAGACAGUGAAGUUAUUAAACUAGAACAUAAACAUAAUAACUGAAUUGGCUUCCAUUUCAACUAUUUCUUUCUUAUAGAUCUCUAGGAAUAAUUAUGUUCAAAAAUAUGAUUGGUCUGUGAGUGAACCGUUUGCCUCUGGAGAAAUUUACAUUUCCACCAUGCUUGAUACAUUAAUAUGCCAAGCCUUUUACAACCCAUUUAUCACUAGCAUUUUUGAUUAGAUGAUUCUAGGAAGUGCUUCAGUAAACAAAAAGCACAAAAAACUCUACUAAGCCAAUAAAUUACAGCAAAGCAACUUAUUUCUAAUUAACAUCCCUCCAAAGUAUUAAGAGAAGACCUUUGGAGAACUAUUUGAGAUUUUACUUACUGAACAAAAGAUGAUCCCCAUCGGACUUUACAGAGGAGAGAAGGUUAAAAACAACAAUAAGCCUUAUGUGUUUCUUAAACCACCCAUGGAUGUAGUUGUAUCAUGCAAGGAUAGAUUGUAUGUUUUGAGUGGGAAACAACCAAAAGAGCAAGAGAAUGUAGUUGAAGACGAAAACAAUUUUGGAUAAGCAGCUGCACCCUAAUAAUACAAUAUCAAGUCUAAACUAUAGGGAGAGGAGGGCAGAGUUGAUAUUGAGUUUUCAAGAGAGCUAAUGAAAUUUAAUGACAAAUCGUAGAGCUUUGUAAAUGAGUUGAAAAAGAUAAACAGUAGAGUCUUUAAUUAAGGAUUGAUUCAUGAUUGUAUUUUAUAAUAUGUAUUUAGAAUUCGUUAAAAAUGUACGAGAUUUGUUAAAAGAAGAAUUAGCCAAUCUAAAUCCAACAACUUGAUAUGUUAUAACAAUCACUAAUAUAUAUAAAAGUAUAUGGCAUUAAUAUGA